AUGUCCUCGUCCGGUGAUGAAAACGGAGUGGAAUCCGUCUUGCCAAGCGAGCCGACCGAAUUUGAGACUGAUUCCGACCGCGAAUCUGAUCUUGAUCUUGAUUCUGACGCCGAUUCGAACUUUGGACUCGCUAACCGUGACGAGUGGGCCCAUUCAUACACGAUGUGCCACCCAACCUGCGGCCUGUGUCGGUUCGAAUUUGUUGAGGGUGAAGAGUUUGUUGUUUAUAAACCGACUAGUCAACUCUAUCCUCGUAUCUGGUACGGAAAAUACGACCCCUUCUCUCCGAGCCAGCUUGCGAUAGAGUAUGGAUAUCAUCCAGCCUGCGUUACACUUAUCCAGCCCAGAAAAUUGACUAAAGACUGGUAUUACCAUCUUUUCCAUGUCACCGCCGGCAAUAGUGAUUUUUUUGAGCCUCCUUCGUCUUGGGAUAAGCGUCGAACGCAAUGGAUCAAACAAACAAUCGCCACAGACCUCAGACAAGCUCUCGGUGGUCGUCUCCCGCAAGAGAUAUACCAACACAUCGCGAGCUUCUGUCUUCGCGAACGCGCAUGCCAACUUCUCAAAGAUCUUUGGUUCGGUCACAGCCGCCCUAAUACUCUUAUCCAAACUUCAUACAUUGGAAGGUAUACUUCUGUUUGGGCGCAGUAUGUCGAGGUCGAAGGGUUGCGUUACGUCAAAUCACUGUCAACCCGCCGCCUCACCCAACAAGAUACCUUGGUUUUCAAAGCCAGGUUCAAGAAGAGGAGCGAUACUAACAGGCCCGAGACAUUUCUGCAUAUCUAUUACAGUCAAGAUCAUGUAGGAAUACGCGGCAUCAUUAUCACAGAGGAUGAGGAGAUACCCCCUCUGAGGAUUGAAUUGGGGCUCUCCUGGGCUGUGCAUCGUCAUCAGAAGACCCCGUUUCGUUUCACACUGCGAGAUGAUCACAUUAAGCUACGCAAAUUGUCAAUCCAUCAUACUAUCAAACCCGACUUCAUGUACCAGACAAGAAAUUGGGGAGUUCUUCCAGAGAACUUUGGCUCAUUCCCCCGAAUUCCUCUGGCAACGAAAUCCCCCUCCACUGAUCGCCUGUACUUCGAGUCUGUUCGUGCUGUAGACUGGAACUCUCCCGGUAUAUGCGGUUACUCCUUCUACGUGGACCGACACCUGAUACGCGGCAUCAUUUCGCACAAACUUGGAGAAAAAGAGCCACAGAAACGGGAUGAGUACGGCAUAACCGACGAUUUAUGGUUUCACAUGCCAAUUGACCCCGAUGAACGAGUCUCUGAGCUCUGGCUUCGCAGAGGACAAUGUGAGGCUCUUAGUUUAGAAAUUUCGGAAGAAUUCGAGACACUCAUUGUUCGAACAACAAAGGGGCGCAGCUUUACUCCUGGUGUAGACUCCGCUUGUCGCUUUCCCCCAGACGAAGGUCGCAAAUUCUGGUACAAGGCGAUUGCAAUCUUCCCGCCAGAAGGACCUUCUCGCAUGUUCUAUUGCAGAGCCAAGCAUUUGUGGACCUACUUUGCUUUCGAGCACACACCUCAGCUCAGUAACAAGGGUAAUCCUCAAGGAGUGGCUUCGUGGGGUAACUUUGAGAUAGAACACUCACUCCCCCCUUCUUUCAACCCGUUUGCUAGCUAUUUCAGCUUUGCCGUCUCAUCAGCAAGUCUGAACGAUGUCAGAACGAUCACCCCUUGCCGGGCGUGGUCGGAACUAUUCCGUAACGACGUCGUCGGGCUCUUAUUUACAUACGGCGAUGGCCGUCGGAGAUGCGUUGGGCUAGUGCGUCUCGAUUUUCUUGAUCCUCCCUUGGCGGUUCACUCGGACAGCUUCUGGCUUGGCUGUACGUACAAGGAUACACCAGUUGACGAGUGCACUCCAUGGCAUAAUAGUGUCACCAAGCUUUGUCUGUCUGAGCCAGUGCAAAACGAGGAUAUAGAGUACGUCAAAGUCCCGCUUAAGGGAAGACUCGAGUGGGCAGUUACACCUGACGGUAGUGCUGUUCGACAUGUUGAGAAAGGGGAGCCAUGGGAUGAAGUCGGCCAAGUCAUGGCUGGUCGGAAGGAAGUUUUGGACUAUGCAAGCCCAGGUAUCAAAACCUUCGCUGUGCCGAUUCGUGUCAUGGAAACAAACCAUUUCUUGAUUGAGCUUAGGGACGAUGUGGAUUGA